GCCGGCGCUGAGAACGUGGCCCCCAAACCCAGCUUCUUGGCCAUGCUGAUGAUGGAGGUGGACCAGUUUGUCCUCACCGCCCUGACGCCUGACAUGCUCUCGGCUGAGGAUGCCGAGUCGCCGCCCGAUCUGCUGCUCUUCAACAUCACCUCUCCCUUCGGCCCUGGCCAGGGCCACAUGGUCAGCACAGAUGACCGGAGCUUGCCCGUCACCUCCUUCAGCCAGAGGGAUGUGAGGGAGCUGCGCAUCGCCUACCAGCCGCCCGUGGAGGACUCGGAUCGCGAGAGGCUCUUUGAGCUCGAGCUGGAGGUGUUGGACCCCGAGGGUGCUGCCUCGGAGCCCUUCGCCUUCGUGAUCGUGGUGAAGCCCAUGAACACCCUGGCGCCUGUGGUGACUCGCAACACUGGCCUUGUGCUGUAUGAGGGGCAGUCGCGGCCUCUCUCGGGCCCAGGUCCCAGCCCCAACCUGGUGAUCAGUGACGAGGAUGACCUUGAGCAGGUGCGGGUGAGUGUGGUGGCAGGGCUGAGACAUGGCCACCUCACGCUCCUGAACUUCACGGUGGCCGAGCUGGCAGCAGGCUGGGUCAUUUACCAGCAUGACGGCAGCGAGUCUCCACUCAGUGACAACCUGGUGCUGCGGCUGGAAGAUGGUGGCUCUCGCCACCGUGUUGAGUUCCUUUUCCCCAUUACCCUGGUGCCCACUGAUGACCAGCCACCCCUACUUAAUGCUAACACAGGGCUCGCCAUGGCUGAGGGUGAAACAGUGCCCAUCACCACCCGUGCUCUUAGUGCCACUGACAUUGACUCGCAGGAUGCCAUCCUGCUCUUCAUAGUGGAGUCUGGCCCCACUGCUGGGCAACUCCUCCUCCGUCAAGCACAGCCACCUCCUGGCUGGGAAGAGGAGGAAGAAGAUGAGCACUUCUCUUGGAGGAGGGUGCCAGGUUUAGUGGGGAGCUCUCUCAUCUAUGAAAAGCCAGUGAGAGAGUGGCUGCAACAGGACAUUGUGGAAGGGCGUCUCUAUUACCACCACUUCGGGCCUCACAGCCCUGGCCCUGGGGUUGUAUUGGACCAGUUUGUCUUUAGAGUCCAGGAUGACAAUGACCCACCCAACCGGUCGGGACCACAGACUUUUGUGAUCCGGGUACAUCCCAUAGACAGAUUAGCCCCAGAGCUACAUAGUAGCAGCAGCCUGCACUUAAUAGUUGCAGAACAGCAGGUGACCCCCCUGCGGAGGAAACAUUUGUGUUACACUGAUCAGGAUUCAGGGGACCGUGAACUCCGCUACACGAUAAUCCAGCCCCCAACUGACACUGACACCAACCACCCUCCUGAUGUGUAUGGAGCCCGCCUUGGAUCCCUCGUGCUGACCGAGGAUCACUCUGUGGAAGUGUCCCACUUCACCCAAGCCCAGAUUAAUCAUCACAAGAUCUCGUACCGCCCUCCACAGGAAGAACUGGGGGUGGCUCCUCAUUUGAUUCAGUUCCAGUACCAAGUACAAGAUGCGGCUGGCAAUGCAGCCAAGGGGACUUUCACCAUCUAUCUGCAGCCUGUGGACAACCAGCCUCCUGAAAUCACUAAUACUGGCUUCACUUUGCCUGAGGGAGGCAGCCAUGUCCUUAGUCCAGCUGAGCUGGAUGCCAGUGACACAGACACUGAACUUGCCCAUCUGAGAUUUAUCCUGACCCAGGCUCCUCGGUAUGGCCAGUUGCAGCUUUCUGGGUACAGUCUGGUUCCAGGAGGUGUCUUCGGCCUGGAGGAUAUCAGACAAGGGAGGGUGGUGUAUGUGCACAGUGGAGCUGAGACCAGCAGUGAUAACUGCAGGCUUGAUGUGAGUGAUGGGGUUCAUUUUGUGCCCAUCACACUGAAAAUGAAUGUGCACCCAGUUGAUGAUGAGGUUCCUACACUACGAUUGCCCCCAGGCACACUUGGUUCCUAUCUAGAUGUGCUGGAGAAUGGUGCUGCUGAAAUCACUGCUAAUGUCAUUCAGGGUACAGAUGAGGAUACAGAUGACUUAAUGUUGACCUUCAUUGUAGAGGAUCCUCCUCAGCAUGGGAGCAUCCUGGUUCAAGGAGUGCCUGCAGAGAGAUUUUCCCAGAGAGAUCUGCUGGAUGGUGCUGUGGUAUAUGCUCACACUGGUGGCGAAAUAGGCCUUCUGCCCAAAGAAGAUACUUUCAACCUUACCUUGUCUGACCUGUCUGAGAAGUGGAGCGUCAGGGGCAAUAUUGUCCAAGGAGUUUCAGUCUUGGUGACCAUUCUUCCUGUUGACAGUCAAGCCCCAGAGGUUUUUCUGGGAGAGCAGUUCAUGGUGACGGAAGGUGACAAGCGGGUCAUUACUCCUGCUCACCUCAGGGCUGAAGAUAUGGAUACUCCUAGUGAUGAUAUACUCUGCACAAUUGUUGCUCAGCCCGCAUCUGGGUAUGUGGAGAACAUUUCUCCAGCACCAGGAUCUGAAAAAUCCAGGGCAGGUGUAGCUAUAAGUGCUUUUACCUUGAAAGACCUCCGCCAAAGGCAUAUUUUUUAUGUCCAAAGUAUACAUAAGGGUGUAGAGCCUGUUGAAGACAGAUUUGCUUUCCGCUGUUCUGAUGGCAUUAACUUUUCCCAGAGGCACUUUUUCCCCAUUGUUAUUAUGCCAAUCAAUGAUGAAGAGCCUGAAGUCUUUGUGCGAGAAUUUGUUGUGAUGGAAGGCAUGAGCCUGGUUAUUGACACUCCUAUCCUCAACGCAGUUGAUGCAGACGUACCUGCUGAUGAGUUAAUGUUCACAAUCACUAGGCUUCCCAGGCAUGGCCACAUUGUGAACCAGCUGGUCAAUGGUACUGUCCUCGUGGAAAGCUUCACCUUCGAUCAGAUAACAGAGAGCUCCAACAUACUCUACGAACAUGAUGACUCUGAAACAAAGGAGGACAGUUUUGAGGUGAAACUCACGGAUGGUAAACAUACUGUUAGGAAAAUGGUACUCAUCAUGGUAAUUCCUGUCGAUGAUGAAACACCCAGAAUGGCCAUCAAUGAUGGUUUGGAGAUAGAAAUAGGGGAAACUAGAACUAUUCAUAACAGAAUAUUGAAGGCUACUGAUCUCGAUUCCGAAGACAAAACCUUGACAUACAUUAUAAGAUACGGGCCAGGACAAGGCCUAUUGCAGAGAAUAAAGCCUUCAGGUAGAUUUGAGAAUAUCACCCUGGGAAUGAACUUCACCCAAGAUGAAGUGGAUAGAAACUCGAUUCGAUAUGUGCAUUUUGGCCAAGAAGGAGUUCGUGAUCUUAUCAAGUUUGAUGUGACAGAUGGAAUAAAUCCUCUCAUUGACCGCUACUUUUAUGUGACAAUAGGUAGCAUUGAUAUUGUCUUCCCAGAUGUCAUCAGCAAAGGAGUUUCUUUGAAGGAAGGAGGGAAGGUAACCCUUACUACUGAUUUGCUUAGUACCAGUGACCUGAAUAGUCCAGAUGAGAACUUAGUUUUCACUAUUACCAGACCACCUGUUCGUGGUCAUCUUGAAUGCACGGAUCAGCCUGGGGUACCCAUCUCCACUUUUACUCAACUCCUAUUGGCAGGCAAUAAGAUCUAUUAUAUUCACACUUCAGAAGAUGAGGUGAAAAUGGACAGCUUUGAGUUUGAGGUGACUGAUGGCUAUAACCCUGUGUUUCGUACUUUCAGAAUUUCUAUCACUGAUGUGGACAAUAAGAAACCUGUUGUCACAAUCCAUAACCUGGUGGUGAGUGAAAACGAAUACAAACUGAUAACCCCAUUUGAACUGACAGCAGAAGACAGAGAUACACCUGAUGCAUUGCUAAAAUUCAUCAUAACUCAAAUACCAGUUCAUGGUCAGAUCAUGUUCAAUAACUCCAAACCAGUCACCACCUUUACUAAACAAGAUCUAAAUGAAAAUCUAAUCAGCUACAAACAUGAUGGCACAGAAUCAGUUGAGGAUAGUUUCUCUUUCACUGUCACAGAUGGCACUCAUACUGAUUUCUACGUCUUCCCCAACACUGUGUUUGCAACAAGGAAACCUCAGACUAUGAAGAUUCGAAUAAUGGCUGUGGACAACAGUGUACCUCAAGUUGUAAUAAAUAAGGGUGCUCAGACUCUCCGUAUUCUGGCCACAGGUCACAUGGGGUUUUUGAUUACUAACAAGGUGCUCAAAGUGGAAGACAGGGACAGUUUACAUGUUACUCUUAAGCUCAGAAUCACAGAGGGUCCACGCCAUGGCUUCCUUAUCCACCUCGGGAAAGGCAACCAUAGCAUCACCCAGUUCACCCAAGCUGAUAUUGAUGAUAUGAAGAUCUGCUAUGUUUUACGAGGGGGUGACAAUGCCACCAGUGACAUUUUUCAUUUCAUGGUUGAAGAUGGUGGAGGCAAUAAGCUGAAGAAUCAACAUUUUCGCCUCAACUGGGCAUGGAUCUCCUUAGAAAAGGAGUAUUACUUAGUAAAUGAAGACUCCAAAUAUCUUGAUGUUGUUCUGAAACGGAGAGGUUACCUGGGAGAAACCUCUUUUAUAAGUAUUAGCACCAAAGAUGGUACUGCCAAGAGAGAUAAAGACUUCAGAGGAAAAGCCCAGAAGCAGGUGCAGUUUAAUCCUGGUCAAACCUUAGCUACAUGGCGGGUACGGAUUUUGAGUGAUGGUGAACAUGAACAGUCUGAGUCCUUUCAGAUUGUUCUUUCUGAGCCUGUCAUGGCAGUUCUGGAGUUUCCUGCUGCAUCCACAGUGGAAAUUAUCGACCCAGGAGAUGAAUCAACUGUCUUUAUUCCUCAGUCUACCUAUACUAUUGAAGAAGAUAUUGGUGAAUUAUUUAUUCCAGUAAGAAGAAGUGGAGAUGUGAGUCAGGAACUGAUGGUUAUCUGUUACACACAACAAGGAACAGCAUCUGGCACUGCCCCAACCUCUGUACUUUCUUACUCUGACUACAUAUCCAGGCCUGAGGAUCACAACAGUAUUCUACGUUUUGACAAAGACGAACGAGAAAAAAUGUGUCGGAUCGUCAUCAUAGAUGAUUCCUUGUAUGAAGAGGCUGAGACCUUUGAUGUUUUGCUGAGCAUGCCCAUGGGUGGAAGAAUUGGUACAGAAUUCCCAAGCACUCGAAUUACCAUUGUACCUGACAAGGAUGAUGAACCAGCAUUCUCCUUUGGAAAUGAUGUAUACUAUGUUGAUGAGAGUGCUGGCUACAUUGAGGUGCAUGUCUGGAGGACUGGAACAGAUCUGUCUAAAGCUGCCUCUGUUACAGUGAGGUCUCGUAAAUCUGAGCCAGUAACUGCAGAGGCUGGAGUAGAUUACGUAGGCAUUAGUCGUAAUCUGGAUUUUUCCCCUGGAGUCAAUAUGCAGACAUUUCAUGUGGUAAUUCUGGAUGAUCUUGGACAGCCAGUGUUAGAAGGAACUGAGAAGUUUGAGCUUGUGCUAAGGAUGCCCAUGAAUGCUGCCCUUGGAGAGCCCAGCAAGGCCACCAUCUUCAUUAAUGACUCAGUGUCCGAUUUGCCUAAGAUGCAGUUUAAAGAAUCUGUAUACGUAGGCAAUGAAAAUGAUGGACAGAUUUCUGCCAUGAUAUAUAGGAGUGGGGAUAUCAGAUACACAUCCACUGUGAGAUGCUAUACAAGACAAGGUUCAGCUCAGGUAAUGAUGGACUUUGAAGAACGUCCUAAUACUGACAGUUCCAUCAUCACAUUCCUUCCUGGUGAAACUGAGAAGCCUUGCACACUGGUGCUUAUGGAUGAUAGUUUCCACGAAGAAGAGGAAGAACUACGUCUGGUUCUUGGCACUCCAAGAAGUGAUUCUUCCUUUGGUGCCUCUAUUGGCGAACAAAACGAGACGCUGAUAAAGAUUCAAGAUGAUGCAGACAAGGCUAUUAUUAAGUUUGGUGAGACCAAAUUUAGUGUGAGUGAACCAAGGGACAUAAGGCAAGUAGCAGUUGUAAAAAUCCCAGUGCUUCGUCUGGGAGACACUUCUAAGGUUUCUGUUGUCAGAGUUCAUACAAAGGAUGGAUCUGCUACUUCUGGAGUAGACUAUCACCCUAUAUCAGAAGAAAUUGAGUUUAAGGAGGGUGAAACACAGCACUUUGUGGAAAUUGAAGUUCUCUUUGAUGGAGUAAGGGAGAUGAGAGAAGCCUUCACUGUUCAUCUGAAACCUGAUGAGAACAUGGUUGCAGAAAUACAGACAGCCAAGGCCAUUGUUUACAUCGAAGAAACUAACAGCAUGGCAGAUGUCACCUUUCCCUCUGUUCCUCAAGUUGCAUCCCUUUUGAUAUAUGAUGAUACUUCUAGAGCCAAAGACAGAACCAGACCCAUAGCGGGCUAUCCUGUCAUCUGUAUCACAGCUUGCAAUCCUAAAUAUGAAGACUUUGACAAGACUGGUUCUAUAUGUGCCAGUGAGAACAUCAAUAAUACUCUGACACGAUACCGGUGGCUUGUAAGUGCACCCACUGGCCCUGAUGGUGUGACUAGCCCCAUGAAAGAGGUUGACUUUGACACCUUCUUCACUUCCUCUAAGAUGAUUACGCUUGACUCCAUUUACUUUCAAGCUGGUUCUCGUGUCCAGUGUGCAGCUCGGGCUGUGAAUUCAGAUGGGAAUGAGGGUCUUGAGCUUAUGAGCCCUAUUGUAACUAUAAGCACAUCAGAAGGUCUUUGUCAGCCUCGAAUAUCAGGAGUAGUUGGAGCAGAACCAUUCUCUGCCAAAUUGCGCUAUACUGGCCCAGAAGAUCCUGAUUAUACCAACCUCAUCAAACUGACAGUCACAAUGCCACAUAUUGAUGGCAUGCUGCCUGUUAUUUCUACAAGAGAACUCUCCAACUUUGAGCUGACACUUAGCCCUGAUGGAACUAGAGUUGGCAACCAUAAAUGUUCCAACUUGUUGGAUUACACAGAAGUGAAGACCCACCAUGGUUUUUUAACUGACGCUACCAAGAAUCCAGAUGUGAUCGGAGAGACCAUACCCUAUCAAUACAGCCCAACAAUUAGAGGCUUCAACACCUUGCGCUUCUACCGCAAUCUGAACCUGGAAGCCUGUUUAUGGGAGUUUGUUAGCUACUAUGACAUGUCUGAGCUCCUCACAGAUUGUGGAGGCACCAUUGGGACAGAUGGACAGGUUCUCAACCUAGUACAGUCCUAUGUGACGCUGAGAGUCCCCUUGUACGUCUCUUAUGUUUUCCACUCUCCUGUGGGUGUAGGAGGUUGGCAGCAUUUCGACCUACAGUCAGAGCUCCGUCUGACUUUUGUGUAUGACACUGCCAUCCUGUGGAAGGAUGGGAUCGGUAGCCCACCUGAAGCAGAGCUCCAAGGUUCCCUGUACCCAACGAGCAUGCGUAUUAGUGAAGAGGGGCGCUUGGUUGUCAACUUCAAGACUGAAGCUCGGUUUCAUGGUCUUUUUGUUAUGUCCCAUCCUGCUUCAUCUCUAACUUCCAUGGUUAUGUCAGCUGAUCACCUGAGCCUGACAUUUAGCCUCAGCCUCAUCCGAAGUGAGCCAACCUACAACCAGCCAGUACAGCAGUGGAGCUUUGUUUCAGAUUUUGCGGUUCGAGACUAUUCUGGAACGUAUACCGUGAAGCUGAUAGCCUGUACCACAGCUCCACAUCAGGAGUACAGCCUACCAGUGAUCUGCAAUCCUAGAGAGCCAAUCACAUUUGAUUUGGAUAUCCGAUUCCAGCAGGUCAGUGACCCAGUGGCUGCUGAGUUCAGCUUGAACACCCAGAUGUUCCUCCUCUCCAAAAAGACACUCUGGCUAUCUGAUGGUUCAAUGGGCUUUGGGCAAGAAAGUGAUGUUGCUUUCUCAGAAGGCGAUAUCAUAUAUGGUCGGGUGAUGGUGGAUCCAGUGCAGAAUUUGGGUGAUUCCUUCUACUGUAGCAUCGAGAAGGUUUUCCUGUGCACAGGAGCUGAUGGAUAUGUACCCAAAUAUAAUCCAUCCAACACUGAAUAUGGGUGCCUCGCUGAUUCUCCAUCCCUUCUGUACAGAUUUAAGAUCGUGGACAAAGCUCAGCCAGAGACACAAGCCACAAGUUUUGGAAAUCUGCUUUUUAAUGCAAAACUUGCAGUAGAUGAUCCCGAAGCAAUUCCGUUAGUUAAACAGCCAGGCUCUGAUGGAUUUAAAGUAGACUCAACUCCUCUAUUUCAGGUGUCUUUGGGUAGGGAAUGGUAUGUCCAUACAAUCUACACUGUACGUUCAAAAGAGAAUGCUAACCGCGGCAUUGGCAAAAGAAGUGUGGAGCACCAGUACCACUCACUCUUCAGUGGUGGGAGCCCAGGAACAUCUGCACAGAGACGGCAGAAGAGGGGAAUUGACCAGGACCCAGAACUUGCAAAAGACAUUGGAGUAGAAAACAACCGAGGAACAAACAUACAACACAUAGCACUAGAUCGCACCAGCAAGAAACAGGUGCCUCAAAGGGAGGUUGGAGUCAACGGUGUUCUCCCCAGGGAACUGAAUAACCCAAGAGCAGGAGUCAGCAUAGUCACAAUCAUUGGUGGAGCUGCUGCUGUUUUCCUCACCAUCUGCUUAAUUGCAAUUAUCAUUUUGCUGCUAAAAUGGAAGCAAAAUUCCGAGAAGAAGGAAGCCACAAAGGAAUCAGGCAGCAGUGAACCAAUGAUGCUACCACAUAAUUGCACCAGCGAUAGCUCAGAGGUUUGA